AUGCGGGAGCUUGAUCACCCCAGUGCGGAGGUCUCGACCGCCGGCUACGGCAGCCAACAUCCUCCCGUCAAUGUGGCCUAUCCCCGGCUACAGCGGUCUAUCCUGGGCUACAGGGUCUGUCCUGGGCUACAGGGCUCUGUCCUAGGCUACAGGGCUCUAUCCUGGGCUCAGGGCUUUAUCCUGGGCUACAGGGCUCUGUCCUGGGCCAUAGGGUCUAUCCUGGGCUACAGGGGCUCUGUCCUAGGCUACAGGGGUCUGUACUGGGCUACAUGGUCUAUCCUGGGCUACAUGGUCUACCCUGGGCUACAUGGCUAUACCCUGGGCUACAGGGUCUAUCCUGGGCUACAUGGUCUACCCUGGGCUACAUGGUCUACCCUGGGCUACAGGGUUUAUCCUGGGCUACAGGGUCUGUCCUGGGCUACAGGGUCUGUCCUGGGCUACAGGGUCUACCCUGGGCUACAUGGCUCUACCCUGGGCUACAGGGUCUGUCCUGGGCUACAUGGUCUACCCUGGGCUACAGGGUUUAUCCUGGGCUACAGGGUCUAUCCUGGGCUACAUGGUCUACCCUGGGCUACAGGGCUCUGUCCUGGGCUACAGGGCUCUGUCCUGUGCUACAGGGUCUAUCCUGGGCUGCAGAGUCUGUCCUGGGCUACAGGGCGUUCUUUCCGCAGCCAAGCGCCAUGGGCGGAUUAUUACUCUCUGAACCAAGAAGUAAAUGAAACAAAUGAAAUCUCACCGCUUGGUCUGGUCCGCUCCACUAAAUUGUUUGUUUCCUCUAGGAUAAAACAUAUCCCGUUUGUCGCGGGUCGGUGCCGCGCUGCGCGGCCGGGCACCGCCUGCAUUUCGGUGUCUCGCCGGGUGGCGCGCUGUGGGAGGACCGAGCCGGGCGGGCGGAGGCCCAUCUUGCCGUUGACCCCUCCCCUCUCGUUGACGGGGAGCGCGCGCGAGAGAAAGCGACUUGUUGCAGGCGGUUGGAACCAAAGAUACGAGAGCGAGAGGCCCGGCGAAAAGGCCUUAGUACCGAUUGGGGAAAUAUUUAACGCCAUCUUGGUAACCUGCUUCGCGAUUACCGUCAUGGCGUCCAGAGGCACAUCUGCAAGCUCAGCUUACUGUUCUGCGAUACAUUGCACAAAUCGCCAAUGUAGACGACCCGACCUGUCUUUCUUCAGGUUCCCCAAUAACAAAGAAAGAUGUCGACAGUGGGUCCAGAACACUCGUCGACACGAUCUCCUUCACCGAACUCCAGUGUACUUGUCAAACAACUGCCGUCUUUGUUCUGAACACUUUGAACUUUACCAGUUUUCCAACAAGCGGACCAAGAACAGGCUAAAUUGGAAUGCAGUUCCAACGCUCUUUGAGAUCCCUAAUCCGCCGAAAUGUCUGCCUACCCAACGCAGAUCACUCAAGAGGAAGAAUGAGUACCUCUCAUCUUUACCAAAGCCUUCAAAGCAGCAAAGAGUGUCAGACAACGUACAGGCCGAACAUUCUUACUGCUUAGAUACAGACCAAAUUCAUGAGAAUGAACCCAGCAGUGCUUCUCCACCUCCUGAUACAGAUGAUCUUCAAUUCCCACCAACUGGAAAUUAUGGCAGAGCUCUGAACAAGGAAACACAGCAUACUUUACACCUCAUAAAAAGAGUUGAACAGUUGAAACGAUCAAUGGAAAAGGUUCAACUGCCCGGGGAAAAGGAUUCUCCCGAAACUGCUAAAGUAUCUUCAAAUAUACCGAAGAUCAUAAUCUGUGUGGUUAGUGGAGAAAUGAGUGUGGAAUCUGAUCUGAAAGGCAUUUCAUCUCGUACUUCUGUCUCUCCUUUAAGUAGUCUUAAAAUUAUGGAUGUCAAAUCACUGUCAUCUCCACAAAUAUCAACUGAUGGUGAAAGUACUAUACCAAAGCUUAACUAUGAUGAUGUAACUCCCAAUCCAAAAAAACAAAAUCUAAAUGGAAGUUCACAUGGCGUGUCUAAGAAUGGUUAUGCAGCCAGAGACCUUAAUUUUGACGAUGACAUAAUCCUUCUUGAAGAGAAAAGUACACCAAAGCCUGAAGAAAAUUGUGACUUAUCAAACGUUAAAAAAGAGGACAGAGGGAGUGUGGACAUGUCAUGCUUUGCCAUUAACAACUGCAAUGGUAAUGAUUUGCCCAGGAGUCGUGAAGCAAUAUCUUCAGCUACGCAAACAAUGAACUUGAAAACUUCUGUCAAGGAAGAGGGAACUACAUCUCCAGAUCAGAGCUUCUCUGAUGGUGCUACUGAAGAGAGAGUACAAAUUCACCCGCCCCAUAAUGUCUCGCUUCCGUGCUCGUCUGAAAGUGUAGAUGAAAGUAGCGAAAAGAUAAAAAUCCUGCAAAGUUUGUUGAAAUCCAUGACCGAACAGAGGGACAGCUUGAAGGCAAAAAAUGAAUUGUUAGAAAAGGAACUGGAAACCUCAAAAAAGCUUCUUGAAAUAUCUGGCAAUCACGUUAAAAAGGAGCUCUGCCACCAGUGGACCCAGUAUGAGUUCAUCAUGGGGGAUGAGACCGAGCGCGUGAAAGAUUUCAACAACUUGAGCAAUUUCCAAAAGACAGUCCAAUACGAACUUGCACUGAAGGAAGUGGAAUUGUUAAAGCAACAGAGCCAGGCAUUGGUGAAUCCCAAGCACGAAUGUGUUGCUUGUAGAAUAGAAAGAGAGGAAGACAAACGAGCCCAGCAGCUUGAGGGCAUGUCGCGACAGUUAGACACAUGCAAAUCUGAGCGGGAUCAAUUAAAGGAUAAAGUUGACCAACUGCAAAAAGAAAAUAAUGCAUUUCAGUUGAACUGUGCAAAUCUUUCGAAUGAAGUGGAAUGUUUAAAGCAGGAAGUCACUGAAGCAAGGCCGAGCAAGUCUUCAGCAAAUACUAGUGCGGAACUCAAGUCUCUACGGAUUGGUGUUGCACAGCUUCUGCAAAGUAUUAUACCUGAACUGGACUUGGAACAAAUCAAUUACGAAUCAAAUGUUAUUGAUGACAUUUUGGACCAGGUUAUCUCUACAUCUUGCAAUCAAGAUGCAAUGUGAAGAAAGUAGAUGGAUUAUAUAACAAAGCCAAUAGACUUGAUAAACCAGAGCUUAAAGUUAAGCAGACAAUACACUUCUGUAUUAAAAUGAUUUCUCUUCUGAUUUUA